GUGGUAACUUCAUAGCUUAAUUGAAGGCCACAGUACAACUGUUACUGCAUACAUCAAACCGCCAUCAGUAACCAUGAGCUCAGAGGAGAAAAACAUGUCGCCUGCUCACCAAAUAUCAACUCCAUCUCAUAGGAGUGCAUCAUCAUCUUCAUCCUCUCAAAGAGAGAGUAGACCGGAUGGUGACAACUGGGAAAUCAUUGAAGGAUUAAAAAUUGGUCAGACUAAUGUGCAGAAACCAGAUAAACAUGAGGGGUUCAUGUUGAAAAAACGCAAGUGGCCCUUAAAAGGUUGGCAUAAACGCUUCUUUAUCCUUGAUAAUGGAAUGCUAAAGUACUCUAAGGCACCAUUUGAUAUUCAAAAAGGCAAACUUCAUGGAAGCAUUGAUGUUGGGUUGUCAGUAAUGUCGAUCAAAAAGAAGGCACGCAGAAUAGACCUUGACACAGAAGAACAUAUCUAUCAUCUAAAGGUAAAAUCUCAGGAAGUGUUUGAUGCUUGGGUAACAAAAUUGCGCCAUCAUCGAUUGUACCGUCAAAAUGAAAUCGUGAGAUCACCCAGGGAUGCCAGCUUUCAUGUCUUCCCGACAUCACCAAAAACUGAUACUUCACCAGCUCCAGCUACCACUGUGUUGGAUGUAAAGCCUCAGCAGAACAAUUUCACAUGGCUGCCCUCCAUUCCAUGCAGUACAAGUCUACCUGCUUCCUACAGCAGCAGCCAAACCAAAGUUGCAGCAUGGUUGUUGGAAUCUGAGGAAAUGAGCAAGUGUGCUAAAGAUCUCGCAAAUUGCCAAUCAAGCUUAGUUGAACUCAGUAAACUACUACAAAAUCUGGAAAUCCUACAGAGGACACAGUCUGCGCCUAAUUUCACUGAUAUGCAGGCUAACUGUAUAGAUAUUACAAAGAAAGACAAGCGUGUCACCAGAAGAUGGAGAACAAAAAGUGUCAGCAAAGAUGGAAAAAUGCAGCUUCAGGUUCCUUCGAGCGUCCCUAUGUCUCCACUUCGUUUGCACUCUUCAAAUCCCAAUCUCUCUGCUGACAUCGGAGACUAUCCAGUACAGCCAAGUCCACUUGUGGACUCCCCUGAUUCUACUGCAGAUUAUACUAAACUUCAAGAAGAGUUUUGUCAAAUUGCACAAAAAGUUCAUUGUCUGUUAAAGUCUGCCUUCAACACAGUCGCAAUAGAAAGGGAACAGCUGAAGCAAAUGCUGUUGGAGCAAGAACAUUCUGGCCACAAUGCCCAAAUCUUCAACCUUAGGAGAACACUCUCCCAGCCAGGCGGGAAGAUUCAUGCCAGCAUCCCAUUGUCACAGCAGGUCUGUAAUGAGAGCAGGCUCUCCAUGUCUGAAUCAGUGUCAGAGUUCUUUGAUGCUCAAGAAGUGCUUCUAUCAGCAAGCUCUUCCGAGAAUGAGGGAUCCGAUGAUGAAUCCUAUGUCAGUGAUGUCAGUGAUAAUAUUUCAGAAGAUAACGCCAGUGUUGGAGAUACUGUUUCGCGACAAUUAUCCAAUGACGAGCUCAGUAGUGGUGCAUUUCGAAAUGGUAGACGUACGUGUCUCCCGGCACCAUCUCCAGAUACCAGUAGCAUCAAUCUGUGGAACAUUUUGAGAAAUAACAUCGGAAAAGAUCUGUCCAAGGUUUCCAUGCCAGUUGAGCUGAAUGAACCCCUCAAUACUCUGCAGCAUCUAUGUGAAGAAUUGGAAUAUUCCGAAUUGUUAGAUAAGGCUGCCGAAACGGACGAUCCAUUUGACCGAAUGGUUAUGAUUGCUACAUUUGCAGUUUCAGGAUAUGCUACAACAUAUUACAGAGCUACUUUCAAACCCUUUAAUCCUGUGCUUGGAGAGACAUAUGAAUGUAUUCGAGAAGACAAGGGAUUCCGGUUUUUUGCAGAGCAGGUCAGCCACCAUCCACCGAUCUCUGCCUGCCAUUGUGAAUCAAAGAAAUUUGUCUUUUGGCAAGAUAUCAGAUGGAAGAAUAAAUUUUGGGGAAAAUCUAUGGAAAUACUCCCAAUAGGAAGAGUGAAUGUCAUGCUCCCUAAAUAUGGAGAUCAUUUUGAAUGGAACAAAGUUACCACCUGCAUACACAACAUCCUGAGUGGACGUCGUUGGAUAGAACACUAUGGAGAAAUCACCAUUAGAAACACAAAGAAUAAUGUGUGCAUUUGUAAACUGACUUUUAUUAAGGGAAGUUACUGGAGCUCAAACGUAAAUGAAGUCCAAGGACUUGUGAUGGAUCAGGAAGGGAAGAUAGUACGUCGGCUGUUUGGCAAGUGGCACGAAGGGCUGUACUGUGGAGUUGCACCCUCUGCCAAGUGCAUGUGGAGACCAGGCUCUAUGCCAACAGACAGUGACAUGUAUUAUGGAUUUACAAGAUUCGCUAUUGAGCUGAAUGAAUUGGAUCCAGUGUUGAAAGAGUUCCUCCCAUCAACAGAUGCCAGAUUUAGACCAGAUCAGAGAUUCCUGGAAGAAGGAAAUAUUGAAUCAGCUGCAGCUGAGAAGCGUAGGAUAGAGGAAUUACAAAGAGAACGGAGAAGAUUAAUGGAAGAAAGCAAUUCAACUUAUCAACCCCGAUUUUUUAAGAAAGUUCUUGACAGUAAUCAAAGAGAAUCCUGGAUGAGCAAUGGGACCUACUGGGAAUUGCGGAAGGAUCCAGGGUUUAGUAAAUUAGAAAACAUAGCACUCUGGUAAUGAAAAGUGAAGAAAUAAAAAUGACAGUCUUCACAAAGAAAUUAACUAUGCAUAAGUAAUUAUAGCUAUUAUAAAUCUUACUGUGUUCUUAUGGU